CAACACCUAGGACUCAGGUACCUAGCAACACCUAGGACUCAGGUACCUAGCAACACCUAGGACUCAGGUACCUAGCAACACCUAGGACUCAGGUACCUAGCAACAACUAGGACUCAGGUACCUAGCAACAACUAGGACUCAGGUACCUAGCAACAACUAGGACUCAGGUACCUAGCAACAACUAGGACUCAGGUACCUAGCAACACAUAAGAUUCAGGUACCUAGGAAAACAUAGAACACAGGUACAUAGCAACUCCUCGAACUCGGGUACCUAGCAGCACCUAGGACACAGGUACCUGGCAACACCUUGAACACAGGUACAUAGCAACUCCUCGAACUCAGGUAUAUAGCAACUCCUCGAACUCAGGUACCUAGCAACACCUAAGACUCAGGUGCCUAGCAACACCUAGGACUCAGGUGCCUAGCAAAAACUAGGACUCAGGUGCCUAGCAAAAACUAGGACAGGUACUCAGCAACACCUAGAACACAGAUAUCUAACAACACCUGAAACACAGGUACCUAGCAACACCUAGGACUCAGGCACCUGGCAACACCUAGGACUCAGGCACCUGGCAACACCUAGGACUCAGGCACCUGGCAACACCUAGGACUCGAGUACAUACCAACAUAUAGGACUCGGGUACCUAGCAACACCUGUGACACAGGUACCUAGCAACACCUGGGACACAGGUACCUAGCGACACCUACAGGAUGAGUAGGAUCAUCGGAAGACGGAAAUCCUACCUGGUGGACCAUACUAUGGAUGAUGUACCCAUUAAGGACUUGAAGGAAAGGUCGUUAGGACGCUCAACCAUCCCUACCGUCAGUGGAAGGGAUGGUCCCCCGUCAUAUCAAGCAGCGGUGGGCAGGUUUGUCGAGACAGCGAGUCAGAGACGGGAUCGUCACCGCUCACACUAUAUAUCAUACUGCAUAGUCUUUGUGAUUGCUGUAGGUAUGUCCUCUACCCUGGGUAUGUGGCCCUACCUACACGAAGAGCUGGUACCAUCCACCACCAAGAAGUCACUGGGAUGGGUAGUAGCAGUCAACCCUCUUGGACAGAUGUUAGCAGCACCUGCCCUGGGCCUCUGGGCCAACAAGACCGGUUCCAUCAGGGCUGCCAGUAUAACAUCAGUAGUGAUGUUCAUGGUAGGGAACAUCAUGUACGCUCUCCUGGCUGUCUUCAAGAAUAUGGGAGAGAUGGGACCAUACUACGCCAUGAUGGUCUCCAGGUUCAUCUUCGGUGUCAGUACAGCCAUAUCAUCACUGUGUGGGACAUACCUGGCCAGCUCCACCACCCUGGAAGAACGAACCUUCUGUCUGAGUAUGUUGUCUGUGGGCCUGUCCAGUGGCUUUGUUGUGGGACCAAUUCUACAGGUUGUGAUGACUUUGACCAUCCCGGAUAACUUGGACACUGGUGUCGAAUGGUUCCAGUGGAACAAGUACACUGCUCCAGCCUGGAUCAGUGCUGUCCUGGCAAUGAUCAACCUGGUUAUCCUGCUGCCUUGUGUGUUCCAAGCAAGAUGCUACAUAUGACUGGGACCUGAUUACAUCUAUGGCUGACUUGUAUUUAUCCAGCAGCUCUCGUCUCCUGCCCUUCCAGAUAUCAUUUCCACCAGCACGGUCCAUAUAUCUUACCUGUGAGUUACCCAGAACCAGAAUGUUCUUACCUUGAUUAGCAAGGGAGUUAGUGGUACCUUUAACCUCGCUAACCACUGAAAUACACUCAUCCUGGAGAACAGAGAAUCGAUUUCCUACCUUCAGAUCUUCUCUGUUAAGCUUCCUUAUCUUGAUACUUCUACCUUUAGUAGAGACAACAUUCCACUUGAAGCAGCUGCCACUCUUCAACUGACUGUUGGUAACCUUUUUCUCCACACCGAUUCCACCCUUCUCACACUCACUCUUGAACCCAUCUUGGAGAAUUUUCUGCCUCCUAUUUUCCUCUUAGAGAAGUAGAACCUCCUUCUUCAAUACUUUAACCUGAGAUUCCAAACACUACAACAAGCCAUGGUGCUCUAUAACGCUCCACACUAAUCCCCCAAACAGCUGGGACAGGAUGACCUUUCGUGACCAAUGACCUCAGUGUACUAAAAAUCAUAUACACUGCUGCCAUCUACUCAGAUCAAGGGUAAGUUCCUGAACUUUAAAACACAUACGUUGCUGCCAUCUAUACAGACCAAGGCUAAGUUAAAAAUCACAUACACUGCUGCUGUCUACUCAGAUCAAGGCUAAGUUCCUGAACUUUAAUUAAAACCCUUUGUUGAGCAAGCCUCAAAAAAUUGCGAAUUUUUAAAUGUAUUUCCCAUGAGUGGAUAGAGUUUCUCAAUGUAAAGCAAAUGAGCCCAUAGAAAUGAAAAUGUGAAAGUUUGUUUUCGAUCAAUUGCCAAUAUGUGAGGACUGACAAAAGUACGUCUUGCCUACCAAAGGGUGAACAUUUUUAAAUGUUGCAAAGUUGCAAUUGUUAAUAAAACACCAAAUAACCAUUUUUUUUAUCUUAUUAUACAAAAAGAUAAUAUCAAAAACAUAAAUUGAACUUGUUUUCAAACAUUUUGUAAGUAUUAAAAAAAUACAAAAUGAACCAAGUAGCAUUAUGGACACAUUGCAAAGGAAUAUAACUUUCAAUUCCCACAUUCCUGAGUUUCCUGAGAAAGAACAAUCAUUCUAGAUCACUAAUUUGUACAAUUUCUAUCCUUCUUGAUGCAUAUAUUUACUUUGCAUAUGACACAGGAAAAUGAGGAUGUGAUAUGACAUUUGUGUUUGCUGCAUAACUUGCAUCUAAGUAGCUUGCCUGGCACUGGCCAGUGACAAUUUUGGCUUUUUGGAUGGUCUAUCUUCCUCCUCCUCAUCACUUGACACCUCUGCAUCCUGUGGCAAGUACUCAUCACUACUGUCAAGCAAUUCCAGGUCAUCUGGCUCUGGAUCAGAGUCACUUUCCUCCAAAACGAAGAGAUAUUUGGACUUGUCUUUGGAGGACUCACCAUAAAACAAUUUCUCAUUGAUCUGGAAGGACAAUAAAAACGUUCUGUACACACCCAGACCACUACAGAAUUCAUAUAUGCAAUAUAUUUUUUUUUUUUUACAAAUAUUUAUUUACUGAAAUUUAAAAUGGGGCCUAAAUGGGCAAGAAUGAUAUUUAUCAUUCUUUUUUGUUGCACUUUUUUUCAUUUGCAUGUUGCACUCAUAUGCUUCACACAGACUUUAUAUAUAUAUCAAAAUAUGCCUAAACUAUUCAUUUACGCACUAGAAACAUAAAUGAAUACUUACCGACAUUGAGGAGGGUAAAAUCCAAGGGUAUAUGAGUGUCACUCGAUCAAAAAAAGUCUCUCGGCAACUCCAAGCUAGAGGUUUUUACAUUUUGGUCUCUCAACCAAUGGGAAGCAAGCAGAUGCCAUCACUACUUAGCUGGGGUGACUCAGGGAAGGCUUGUGAUUCAUCAGAAAUAGAGACGGGAACCUAGAUGAGCAGUAGGUGUAGGAGGAAUGCGUCAAGUAUCAUGCUUUCAAGAAUGACAACUGUCGUUCUUGCUCAACAAAGAGUAUUAAAUCACAUACACUACUGCCAUCUACUGCAUCAAGGCUAAGUUGCUGUCAUCUGACUAGUUUAACUAUGUAAGUCUUCUUUCUUU